GAAGUCGCGUUCGUAGUGGCCAGUGACUAAUAGUGAAGUGACAUAACCGUUAUAGUGAGAUGGAAUCGGAAAUAAGCAAGAUGCAAACAAAAAUACCACCGAAAAACUUUUCGAUUGAAUCGAUUGUCGGAUUAAAUGAUCGUCGAUCGCCUGAAAUCGAUAUCGAAAACAAUAUAUCGCAAGAUUAUACGGUUGAUAAUACACAUUCGGAGGAUGAAGACGUGAAGAUUAGGGAUGGAAAGAUGGGAUAUUAUUUUCAACAGAGUCGCGUUCCGAAUUUUCCGUUUUUCAUGUCGUAUGAGAAGCAAGCGAUGAGGAAUGGAUAUCCGGAGGGACAGGGACAGGAGGAUCUGAAGAGAUCCAGCCCGUCAAGUAUUAGGAGCGAAGUUGAUAGCGACGGCGCGGAUGACAGACCACAAGAAUCACUCAGUCCGCAGUCCGAACAGAUUUCAAACUCGAACACGGCACCGGAUCCUAAUAUAAGGAGAUAUCGUACGGCGUUCACACGUGAGCAACUAGCACGUCUCGAGAAAGAAUUCAUGAAGGAGAACUACGUAUCACGACCGAGGAGAUGCGAACUAGCAGCUCAACUGCAGUUACCUGAGUCCACUAUUAAGGUAUGGUUCCAAAACCGACGGAUGAAGGACAAACGUCAACGCAUCGCAGUCGCCUGGCCAUACGCUGCUGUGUACAGCGACCCAGCAUUCGCGGCAUCCAUCCUACAAGCCGCCGCAUCCUCCGUUGGCUUGCCCUACGGAUAUCCAUCGCCAGCUCUCCUACCCCCGUUCCACAACCCACAGCUACUCCCCGCGGGCUACCCAUACCCAUACCCACCUUACCCAAGGUACCCAUACAUUCCCCCUACCCCACCGUCGCCCGUCAACGCCGAACCGACCCAGUUACGACCACCUUACUCAAAUUUCAAUUUAAACGUUGACAAAUAAAUAUUUUAAGU